AGUGCAUGCGCUGGGGGAACAGACGCCGCUUCAAAUGGCACCACCACCGCGAGCUGCCUCUAGAUGUGCUAAGCGACCUAACCUUCCAGGACAUCCAACAGACACGAAUUGAAGACUUUGGGUUUAGGUUUUGGUAUGGAUCUGGCCACGCGGAUCUCUGCCUUGCGCAUGCGCUUUACCAUGUCUCCUCCCCAAGUCUACCUGAGAGCUAAGGAGCGCACCUGGAUACAACGAGACGGAAGUUUGGUUGGGUCGCUGCUGGUGCUUUGAACAAAUCUUUUUUCGCCCCAAAGACAAGUCCAGUCAGGAUUCACAGCCACAGAGCAGAAACGGGGCAGUCCGGAAUGGAUGACCUCCUGUGGAUUUUACCAGGACAUUUUUACUAGUUUGGCAGUAGUUGGGCGACUCAUGCUGACUCCCCACUUGAGUCCAGCCCCCUGUUCUCUCUUCCAUCAUGACCUCCCUGCGCCGAAUGCUGCGGAGACGGCUACACCCGCUCAAGCUGGCCAUCGUCGCCCUCCUCUUCAUCACCUUCCUCUUCUUCAUCCAGUGGGAGGUAGGGGGCCCGGGCAGUCAGGAUGACCCUUGGCUACAGGACAUGGUCGAAAAGCGGGACUCGAUGCUGGGGAUGGUUAUGGGCGCGGUCAAUAACUUCCGGGACGCUAUGCCCAAAAUGCAGAUCAAAGCUCCAGUGAGACAGCAACAGGAGGCAGGGGACAGUGGGUCGUGUCUGCCUGGACAUUACACUGCAUCUGAGCUGAGGCCGGCUCUUGAGCGCCCCCCACAGAACCCGCUGGCGCCAGGAGCAGCGGGGAAACCAUUCCACACGGACCAGCUCAGCCCAGAGGAGCAGAAGGAGAAGGAGAAGGGGGAGGAGAAGCACUGUUUUAACCUGUUCGCAAGUGACAGGAUAUCUCUGAGCAGGGACCUAGGAGCAGAUACAAGACCACCUGAAUGCAUCGAACAGACUUUCAAACGAUGCCCUCCCUUACCCACUACCAGCGUUAUCAUCGUCUUCCACAAUGAAGCCUGGAGCACCCUGUUAAGAACCGUAUACAGUGUCCUGCACACAUCUCCGGCCAUUCUGCUCAAAGAGGUCAUUCUAGUGGAUGACGCCAGUGUGGACGAUAUAUUAAAGGACCGCCUGGACGACUAUCUAAAGCAGCUGAACAUCGUGCGAGUGGUGCGGCAGAAGGAGAGGAAGGGUUUGAUCACCGCUCGACUACUGGGAGCCUCUGUUGCCACGGGAGACACGCUCACCUUUUUGGACGCUCACUGUGAAUGCUUCCACGGCUGGUUGGAGCCUCUUCUGGCCAGGAUAGCACAGAACUCCACUGCGGUGGUGUCUCCGGACAUCACCACCAUAGAUCUGAACACCUUUGAGUUCAUGAAGCCUUCUCCGUACGGACAGAACCACAACCGGGGAAACUUUGACUGGAGCCUGUCCUUUGGCUGGGAGAGUCUUCCCGACCACGAAAAGAGGAGGAGAAAGGAUGAGACCUAUCCAAUCAGGACUCCCACUUUUGCUGGAGGGCUCUUCUCCAUCUCCAAAGAAUACUUCUACCACAUUGGGAGUUACGACGAGCAAAUGGAGAUCUGGGGCGGAGAGAAUAUUGAGAUGUCAUUCAGGGUGUGGCAGUGUGGCGGUCAGCUGGAGAUCAUCCCCUGCUCUGUGGUCGGUCACGUGUUCCGCACUAAGAGCCCUCACACCUUCCCCAAAGGCACAAAGGUCAUCGCCCGCAACCAGGUCCGUCUCGCCGAGGUCUGGAUGGACGGAUACAAGGAGAUCUUUUACCGCCGCAACCAGCAAGCAGCCCAGAUAGCCAAAGAGAGUGCUUUCGGCGACAUCUCUCAGCGCGUGGAGCUCCGACAGCAGCUGCAGUGCAAGAGCUUCUCCUGGUAUCUUCAGAACGUCUUCCCUGAGGUCUUCAUGCCCGACCUCCACCCUCUGCGCUUCGGCUCGGUGAAAAAUGUGCGCAAGGAGACGUGCCUGGAUGCCGGGGAGAACAACGAGGGUGGCAAACAGCUGAUCAUGUACCCCUGCCACGGACUCGGAGGAAAUCAGUAUUUCGAGUACUCCACCCACCACGAGAUCCGGCACAAUAUCCAGAAGGAGCUGUGUCUGCACGGGGCAGACGGGGGCACGCUCAAGCUGGAGGAGUGCCAGUACAAGGGCCGGGACACAGCCGUGGGACUACAGCAGAAGUGGGAGCUCAGACAGAAUCAGUUGUUCUUCCUCCCCGGCCUCAAACUGUGUCUGAGUGCGCGACACGAGCACCCGUCGCUCACACCUUGUAAUCCAGACGACCGAUUCCAACAAUGGAUAUUCAUUUGAACCACCACAAUAAGGAAAAGCUGUUUUUGUAAAUGCAGAUGUGUUUGGUGUUUUGUUUUUUUUGUUUUUUUUAGAUUGAAGACCACUCUUAACUUAUUUUUAUACAUAGAGCAAAACUACUGGUGCAUGGAGGACAGAAAAUGAACUUUACCUAAUGUGCCUGUAAUGGUGUUUUUGGAUACAAGAAGAUUUAAACUGGGACUUAACACCUAAACUUCACCCACAACCACAUUUUAAAUAGAACUGCUAAUCUGGGCAGUACCUGGAGGACUAAACAAAAGAGUGAGUGAAAAGGAGGUCUGGGGGCAGGGAUAAGGAGCAGUGUGAUUGGUCUAAACAGGUAUGCACCCCUUAUACUCCGUUCCUGCAGCCAGGUGUGUGAAAAAUACGCAUUUUUAUGGAUAUUGGGACCAUUUUUAUACUCAAACUGUGCCAUCUAAAAGUGUGCCUAUAAUAAGUCUACUGAAGGGGCCUUAAUGCAAUGCAGGGGGCACCUCUGCUGAUUCCUGGUGCAGGCGCUAGUGUUCUGAUGGAUGUGGGAAUGCUUGUCAAAUAUGAAUUGUUAUUUUGUAUGUGGUGUUUGGAUGUCUGUUUUCAUUAAAAGCAGCUGGU